AUGAAAAAUAAUUUAUUAGAAGGAAACGACAAACAGAAAACUAGUUUUUGUAACAGAUGUAAAAGUAAAAUUUUCAAAAGUAUAAAAGGGCCAAGUAUAACUCACAGUAUUUUAUUUGGGAUAUGUGGAGGUCUUUUUUAUUACGGUUCUUAUUAUUUUUAUAGAUAUAUAAAAAUAACAUUUUUUGAUACAUCACAUGUAUCAAAUGAAAGUAGAAAAAGAUAUAUGGAGAAGCAAAUGCUUUUUUAUAAUGAUUUAGGAUAUGACUUAUCAAUGAAAUAUAUCGGAAAUUUAUGUAAAUAUUACGAUCCAGUUGCAUUAAGAUUACCUUUUCAGCCACUUGAUGAUAAAUAUAGGCUUUAA